GAUUUUCAUUCCAUUCUCAAAGAUGCAGUAACACUUGUGCCAUUUCGUGAUUAUUGCCUGGCUGAAGCAUUAACGUAUGUGCCAAUAUGUGAAAGACCAAAAAUUGCAUUGGUAUGCAAAAAAUGGAAAAGUAUCCUUGAUGUUUCUUGGUUUAUAGUCAAAAAACUUGAAUUAAUUUAUUGGCGAUAUGAUGAGUAUCCAAGUUGUUUGGCUAAAUAUCCAACAAGCGAUGGAGGAUUCUGUCUUAUAAAGUCACUGCUUAAUAAAUGUGGUCGUUAUUUAACAACAUUAGACUUGACAGCUUAUGAUAAUUGUAAGAUAGUGCCAGUUAUCAAUGAAUUGUGUCCAAACCUUGUAACACUUCGCUUGAGAUUCACCAACAUGGACCAAGCAAUAUUAGCCAAUACAUUCACACGUCUAUCCAAACUAAAAUCGUUAACAAUUAUAUUUCAAAAUAUAAAGACUUUUCAGUUGUUAUCCGUUGUUGCUUUAAUGAAUUCAUUGAAGAACGUUGCUAAUACAUUGACUGAUUUAAGUCUUUUGAGAUGGACUGAUGAAAUAAUCCCCACCACUGAUUUUACAAAAGUAAUAAAUGAUGUGAUUCGUGACUUGACGGCUCUGAAAAGUUUGGAAGUUUCUGGUAUAGGAAUUGCUUCAGAUUUAUACUCUUAUCUGAAAGACAAUGGAAUUUUCUAUACUAACCACACUUUACAUUUUGUAAAAACUCUUCCUGUAUCAGAUCCAUUCAUAAAUAUCAAGAAAUUGAAAAUGCUGGAAUGCAGCAUAACAGAUAAUGAAUUGUAUACUAUUGCCAAUUCUUUCAAGCACUUAUUAUUAUUGCAGAUAAAUAGUCGCCAAGGAACCGAUAAUGGUGUAGUAGCACUUUCAAAGAUGAAUAAUUUACAAUAUGUACUUAUUGACGGCUUGACUAAUAUCACUGAUUCUUCAGUCAAACUGCUGAAAAACCUGAUAACAUUAGGCUUACCAUGCAGCAAUAAAGUUACUGAUGAUUCAGUCUUAACAGUUCUUGAAAAUUCACCAAACAUGAAUGCGCUCGCUGUUUACGGCGUAAAUGUAACUGCUAAGCUCGUAAAAAAAGCAGCAGCAAUAUUAGAAAAACGAGAAAAACGUCUCGUCUUAUAUGUUUUAUAUAUGCCAGAUUUACAACAAUAUGAAUCACCAUAUCUUGAAUUGCGUUUCUAUCAGAAAUUAAACGGAAAAACAAUGAUACAUAUCGGUACAAGUGCCUACGCAAAAGCACAAAUCUCAUAAUCGCCGGUUUUUUCAUUUGGCACUGGUUUCGAAAUGUACUAUUUAGAUUUUGAAAUAUAACGCGAAAUAUCAUUAAUUAAAUAUAUUAAUCAUACAUUAAGAAUAAAAAAAAUCAAUUGCAUAACUCUAUGGUUCUAUAAUUUCAU